AGAGAGAGAGAGAGAGAGGAGUUGCAGAGGGAAGAGCGCUCCCAGCUGUUGGCCAUUUAUUGCCUUUGUUCCUAACGAGGAACUUCAAAGCACUAUAAACUUAGUUAAUUACUUUAAUGCUGUUCGAAAUGCAUUUGCAUUUCGCUAUUUAGUUCCACAUUUCGUGAUAUAUUCACUCACACAUACUCGUUGGUGGGUAGAAUGUGGACUAUUAGUUGAAGAGUGAAGACAUCUUUUAGCUCUUCCUGGAAAAAAGGCCCUUUUUUUCUUUUCUUUUUCUUUUUUUUUUUCCUUCUUUCUGUCUUGCUGGGUACUAUGGCGGAAGAGAUUUGUUUCUUCACAAAGGACACAAUAAUCAUCAAAACUCCCAAGAAAUCUUCUGCUUCAUUGAGGAUGUUGGUCUUAGUAUUCACAAUGGCUUGUGGCGUUUAUAUCUGUUCUAUCUGCUUGAAGCAAACUAGUGCUCCAACUAAUACUAAGCUUGUAAACCUCCAAGUUAGUCAGAGGCAUUGUCAAGAUAACAACAUGAAUUCAUCUCACACUCCCUACUUACACUAUCCGAAUCCGACUUCAUUCAGCAGGGCUGAAUGUGGCUGUAAUCCUGUGCGGUUUUUUGCCAUUUUGUCGAUGCAAAGAUCGGGAAGCGGAUGGUUUGAGACCCUUUUGAACAACCACACUAAUGUGAGCUCGAAUGGCGAGAUAUUUUCUCACAAGGAGAGGCGAAGCAAUUUUUCAUCAAUUAGGUCAACUAUGGAUAGAGUUUACAACUUGGAUUGGUUUAGUAGUGCCUCAAAGAAUGAUUGCUCAGCUGCAGUUGGCUUCAAAUGGAUGCUUAAUCAGGGUUUAAUGGACCACCACAAGGAAAUCAGUGACUAUUUUAACACCAAGGGCGUAUCCGUAAUUUUUCUUUUCCGCAGAAAUCUGCUCCGCCGGAUGGUCUCUGUGCUCGCCAAUUCUCAUGAUCGUUAUGCUAAGCUCCUCAACGGAACCCACAAGUCACAUGUACACUCGAAUGAAGAGGCUAAUACCCUCUCAAGUUAUAAACCGAUAAUCAAUUCAACAUCGUUGUUGAUGGAUUUAAAGCUCAUGGAGAAGAUGGUUUUCGAGGCUCUACAGAAUUUUAGCAAAACACGGAACAUUGUCCUUUAUUAUGAAGACAUCGUCAAAAAUAGAACUAAAUUGAUGGAUGCUCUAGAGUUUCUAGAUUUACCGAAAAUGGAGCUAAGUAGUGGGCAGGUUAAGAUACACAAAGGAUCAUUGUUUGAGCACAUACAGAAUUGGGAAGAUGUAGUCAAGAUUUUACAAGGAACGUCUUACGAGAGCUUCCUUCACACUGAUUAAUCUGUUGGCAAAUGCUAAUAUGAGCAAACUAACCUUCUUCUAACAUGAGCCGGUUAUGUUUUUGAAUUCACCCCUUUUUAUCCUUUACUUACAAAAUGUAUAGGUCUUUAAUUUAUGUAUUUGAGAGGGUCAAGGCAAUGUGAUAUCGAUAUAGAUGACAUCGAUUUAUGAAGCCAUUGACUAAAACGUAUGCCUAGUUUUUAAAAAUAUUAGAGGUUCUUGAAACAAUUGAAUUGAAAGAAUUAGAGGGAAAGGUUCGGAGGGAAAGUCAAUCUUUAUUAUGAAGAUGAACUGUCUUCUUGUUAACGGGCUGGGGAUGUAAUAGUGGAGGUUCUUGAUAUAAUGAAAUUGAAAGAUUCUACAAGAAGGCUAGAAUAGAAUGCAAUUGGAUUAUUAUAAUUAUUAUUAUUAUUAUUAUUAUUAUUA